UGGCUUCUCCUUCAAGCCUCUCUCUCUCUCUCUUCUAUAUAUAGAGUGUUUAUAUAUCCAGUCGGGUGAAUGGUGAUUUCCGCAGAGUAAGUAGCGCGAUCUUUAUCCAAUUUGGCUUUCAGCGGACCUGCCCUGUUCUACAGUUGUUAUAAAGCACCAGGUCGAUUCUUUCUUUUCUGCUAUUUUCAUACAUAUUUCGCAGUCCGACCGACUAAUCUUGUGACUCGAACCCACCGCCCACUCGCGGAAAAUUCAAUUAAAGUUGGGAGCAAAGCUCCGUGUGAAUUGACCCGAAAUGACCCGAAAGAUAAGUUUCGAACUUAAAACCUUAGAAAGGAUCAAAUCCCAAAGUCUUGAUUACAAGACCAACCUUGGGUUUUCUCAUAUUGUACCAAAUGAAAAUUUUAUGUCUAUGAAAGUUGUUAAGGAAAUAGAAUCCUACAUUGCUUGGGAGUAAAAUGGGUGAUCACUUAAUAAUAUCUGGGACCUCUCCAUUCAUUGCCAAUUGGCUUUGAGAUGGAUAUAAAGUUUCCACAAUAUCGCUUUUUUUGUUAUUAUGGAAUAUGUGUCACUUAGGUUAGCUGAUCGAUGUAGCAUAAAAGCAUCUGUGGGGCUACUAGGCUAGAGAAGGGUCUACGUAUUUACUCGUAGGCGCUUAAAUUCUUGAGUAUCUUUUAUGUUGCUAGUAAUGCAAGUGAAUGUGCUUCAGUUGAUGUAUAGCAGGUGUCCAUGGUUUCGAUCUUGAGUCCUCAAAAGAGGGUAAACCCUAGUCCACAGGCUUUGACUACCAGGCAAUCCCUUGGAGUUAUGGUUAUUGGUUUUCAAUAUUCUGAUCAUUGAAAUUGCUGAUGACAAAAGCGAAUUAUUCGAUAGGGUUAGAGUUCCCCCGUGCUCAGGUAAUAGGUCGGGACAUAUCUGAGAAAGACAGUGAACUCAAUUCAUUUUCAAGUGACCAGUUUUUUGUUGGUGCUGCUCGGUUGUUUGAUGUCUCGAUGAUCAAUUGCAACAAAUAUUUUUGGUGUCUAGAUUUCAAUUUACUCAUGGAACAUGAGAUAUAUUGAAAUCGAGAAUGUGACUGUCAAUUCGCUUCAAAUUCUCACAGAAGAAUGUCCCAUCAUGAGCAGGACUUGUGUUGUAGAUUAUGGAUUCCCCUGAAGAUUCACAACUCACGUGUUCGUGUGGGCUUUCUGCAAAAUUAAGAACAUCAAAGACCCACAGAAACCCUUACAGGAUGUUCUACAGUUGUCCCAAGUAUCCAAAUAACCAAUGCGAGUUCUUCCAAUGGUGUGACGAACCACUUCUGACUGGUGACAAACAUUUGGAUGAGCUAAAUCUGAUUGGUAGUGAGUGCAUACGAUUACAAGACAGGGUCGAUGAUAUGCAACAAGAAUGGGAUAAUGAAAGGGCUGACUGGAACAGGGAAAGAACGGAGCUAAAAUUAGAAUUAUCAACCGUGAAAGCUGAGCUCGACAAAAUAAAGUACGAAAUCAAGCUUGUGAAUGAGUCCGUUGAAAUGCCCCCACUGGACGAGUCCGUUGAAAUGCCCCCACUGGACAAAUUAUCCAAAGAAGACGAGGAGGAAGACGAUGCUCUGGUCAUACAAACGAUAUAGAAGGCACGAAAAAAAGAUUAUGCAACAAAUGACACAGCUUUUGCAAUUCUGCAUUUUGCUUCUUCUUGUUAUCUCCGUGGCUCUUAAACGUGAUACUAGCUAUCGUAGUUUGUAAAUCAGAUUCAGAGCCUUCGCUAACGUUCUCUUUGGGCUAUUUUGAGUUGGUAUUGUACACAGAGCUGACAGAGAUGAAGCAAUAGUUUCCUGUAAAGAACCUUAUAGGUCUUUUUGGCUUUGUAAUCCAAUCUGUACGGAGAUAUGUGACAAAUUAUAUCUAUAGACUUGAUUAUCCUUCCAUA